GCCACACCCAGGCAGCCAGAUAAACCGGUCAGUCUGUUGAAAGCAAAAGCAAAAAUUGAGAAGGGAAUUUUUGUUGUGGAGAGAGAAACGCAAACGUUAAGCAAAUGGCUGGACCAUGAGCAGGUGCGUUGAAGCAGAAGGGAUGCUCUCCCUAAUGUCCGGUUUCCCCCCUUGUGUGGUCCUGAAGCUUCAUAAAAAGAACUCACCAUUAAAUCUUCGGAUCUAUCAAAGACCAACAUUUGAGCAAUAAAGUUUUCCUCUGGGAGUGUACUGAUGAUGGAUCGCCAGUCGUCUGUAAACCUAUCAGAGUUCAAAGAGGGCGACUCUUCCACUGGACAGAACAUGCAACAGAACCAAUCAUGUUCUCUGGAACCCAGUUGUGUGUCUAUGAAGAGUGACGAAUCAAUGAAAUUACCAAUAACCUUCAAAGACAGGGACACUUCUACAGAUCUAAGUAAAAAACUGAGGAGGUCAAGUUCUGCUGAAAAACACUUGGACUUCGUUUUUGAAGAGCUGGAGCAGAAAUCAAUGUCUCUACUGACGAAUGAGCUGAAGAGGUUCAAGGCAUUACUGAGUACAGACGAUGCUGUUUGCUCUGAGAGACAAGAAGAAGAGCAGAACAAUGCCAAAGAGGGGAUACUGAAGGCCAUACUGCACAUUCUGAGGAACAUGAACCAGACAAACCUUGCUGAAAAGCUUCAGAGCAAAAUGGCACCUGCGCAACAGCAAAAACUGAAAUCCAAACUGAAGGACAAAUUUAAAAGGAUUAAUGAAGGAAUAUCAAUGCAAGGAUUUUCAACUUCUCUGAAUGAGAUUUAUACAGAGCUCUAUAUCACAGAAGAUGGGAGUGAAGAGAUCGACUGUAAACACGAGGUGAGACAGAUUGAGACAGCAGCCAUCAGACCAGCAACACAGGACACACCGAUCAAAUACAACAACAUCUUUAAAUCCUUACCUGGACAGGACAAACCCAUCAGAACUGUGCUGACCAAAGGAGUGGCUGGAAUCGGAAAAACCGUCUGUGUGCAGAAAUUCAUUCUGGACUGGGCCGAAGGAAAAGCAAACCAGGAUGUCCACUUCAUAUUUCCAUUUCCUUUUAGGGAGCUGAAUUUAAUGAAGGAAAAACAGCUCAGUCUGAUGGACCUUCUUCAUCGUUUGUUCCCAGAAACAAAAACAUUAAGUUUAAGAGAUGAUGACAACAACUACAAUAUCAUCUUUAUCUUUGAUGGUCUAGAUGAAUGUCGACUUCCUCUAGAUUUCCACCACAAUGAGAUACUGUGUGAUGUAACAGAGUCUGCCUCAUUAGAUGUACUGCUAACAAACCUCAUCAAGGGAAAUCUGCUUCCCUCUGCUCUCGUCUGGAUAACCUCCAGACCAGCGGCAGCUAGUAAGAUCCCUGCUGAGUCUGUGGACCAGGUAGUAGAGGUACAAGGGUUCAAUGGUCCUCAGAAAGAGGAGUACUUCAGGAAGAGAAUCAGGGACCAGAACCUGGCCAACACAAUCAUCAACCACAUGAAGUUAUCAAGAAGCCUCUACAUCAUGUGUUACAUACCAGUCUUUUGUUGGAUUUCAGCUACAAGUUUAGAAAGAAGAUUGAGUGAGAAAGAGGGAGGCCAGAUCCCCAAGACUCUGACCCAAAUGUUCACAUACUUUCUGAUUUUUCAGACCAAACAGUGGAGUCAGAAAUACACUGAAAAAGAUGAAGUGGAUCCUCACCAGACCACAUUAAGAAUUCUGGCCCUGGCAAAACUGGCCUUUCAACAACUUGAAAAAGGCAACUUGAUCUUCUGUGAGGAAGAUCUGAGAGAGUGUGGCAUUGAUGUCCAAGAAGCUUCAAUGUAUUCAGGGAUGUGCAACCAAAUCUUCAGAGAAGAGUUUGGGCUUCAUCUUGGGAAAGUGUACUGCUUUGUGCAUCUAAGCGUUCAGGAGUUUCUUGCUGCUUUAUAUGUUUUUCUAUCUUUCAUCAUCAACAAUGAAAAUGUCCUAGAACAGCAAAGCACCAGUCCAGCUCAUUUUCUCAAAGGAAAAACAAUGCCUGACUUACUCAAGACUGCAGUGGACAAGGCCUUACAGAGUGAGAAUGGACACCUAGACCUUUUCCUUCGUUUCCUUCUGGGUCUCUCAGUGGAAUCCAAUCAGGCUCUAUUACAAGACCUACUCAUAAAGACAGGAAAAAGCUCCUAUGGUCAGGAAGAAAUGAUCACAUACAUCAAGGAGAAGAUCAGGGAGAACCCAUCACCAGAUAAAUCCAUCAAUUUGUUUCACUGUCUGAAUGAACUGAAUGAUCAUAUGCUAGUACAAGACAUUCAGAACUAUGUCUGUAUGAAAGACCAUCGCUGUCUUUCUGGACUCAGCCUCUCUCCUGCCCAGUGGUCAGCUCUGGUGUUUCUGCUCCUGAACUCUGAAAAGGACAUGGCUGAAUUUAAGCUGAGUAAAUAUGACAGAUCUGAGGAAUGCUUUCUGAGGCUCCAGCCAGUGGUAAAGGCAUCCAGAAAAGCAGAUCUUAGUCUUUGUAAGCUUACUGGGAAAAGCUGUGCAGCUCUGGCCUCAAUCCUCAGCUCAAAAUCCUCAAGUCUGAAAGAACUGGAUCUGAACUCCAAUGUUCUACAGGAUUCAGGAAUGAAGCUGAUCUCUGUUGGAUUGGAGAAUCCACACUGUAAAUUGAUGAAGCUGAGGCUGAGUCUUUGUAAUCUCACUGACAAAAGCUGUGCAGUUUUGGCCUCAACUCUAAAAUGUAAUUCUAAUCUGAAAGAGCUGGACCUAAGUGCUAAUAACCUGCAGGAUUCAGGAGUGAGAAAGCUCUCUGCUGGAUUAGAGAAUCCACACUGUAAACUGGAAUCACUCAGACUGAAAGAAUGCAGUAUUACAGAGGAAGGCUGUGCCACUCUGGCUUCAGCCCUGCAAUCAAACUCAUCACACCUGAGAGAACUGAACUUGUGUGAUAAUAGACUACGGGACUUAGGAAUGAAGCACCUUUCUGCUCUACUGCAGAAUCCACAAUGUAAACUAGAGAAACUACAGCUUUCUUUCUGUGGCAUUACAGAGGAAGGCUGUGCUGCUCUGGCUUUAGCUCUGAAAUCAAACCCCUCACAUCUGAGAGAGCUGGACCUAAGGAAGAAUGAGCCAGGGGAUUCAGGAGCGAAGAAGCUCUCUACUUUGCUGGAGGAUCCACAUUGUAGACUUGAAAAACUAGACCUGUAUAAGUGCAGUUUUAGAGAGGAAGGCUGUGCAGCUCUGGCUUCAGCUCUGAAGUCAAACCCUUCACAUAUGAGAGAACUGGACCUGGGCUAUAGCAAACUCGGAGACUCUGGAUCAAUUCUGCUUUCUGGUUUUCUCAAGGAUCCACAGUGCAAACUGGAGAAACUAAAACUGUAUGAUUGCAGCCUUGAAUAUGAUGGCUGUGCUGCUCUGGUUUCAGCUCUGAAAUCAAACCCCUCACACCUGAGAGAACUGAAUCUGGGAUAUAAUAAACCUGCAGACUCAGGAGUGAAGCUCCUUUCAGCUGUACUGGAGGAUCCACAGUGUAGAUUGGAGAAACUGAAUUUACAUAACUGCAGGAUUACAGCAAAAGGCUGUGAUGAUCUGGCUGAAGCUCUGAAAUCAAACCCCUCACAUCUAAGAGAGCUGGAUUUGAGCAAGAAUAAACCAGGAGACUCAGCAGCAAAACUGCUGUCAGCUCUAUUGGUGGAUCCCCAGUGCAAACUAGAGAAACUUACCAUCUGGGCCUAAAAUGUGAUAAAGAUUGAGAUUGAAGAAGUAAAUCUCAGUAGCAAAUACAAGACUUUUUUUGUGUUUGCUGGCUUGAAUAAAGUUACUGCAUGCAAGCUUUAACCUCAAUUUCAAGCUGACUGUAUCACUGGAC